AUGGUUAUGAGAAACUUGAAUGUUCAGCUACCAUCAGCUAAACUUCAACAACAACAGAGAGAGAAAGAAAGUGCAUAUCCAAAAGUCGUGGAAAAAAAUAGACCACCUACUUCUAGCCUUGUCCUUUUUGAGGAAGAUGAAGAAGUUAAUACAAUGAUCAACUAUGCAACGACAUAUUGCUCGACGGGAACUGUGGUUUUUGAAACACAAAGUAGUUUGAAAACAAUAGGAAUUACAGAUUUAGAAACACCCAAAACUCAACUAUUGCCACAGAUAGAUGAAGAAGAAGAAGAGAACAACGAAAUCAUAAAUUUAGAAACACCGAAAACACAAUUGUUGACACAUAUAAAUGAAGUUCAAGAUGGAGAAAAAGAAGAAGAAACUGAAGAUGAACAAGAAGAUAUCCAAACAUCAGAUGAAAGUGAUGAAGAAAAUAGGAGGGAAAACAAAACAAAACAAAGCCAAGAGCAAUUGGAUGAGAAAGUUAAAGGUGAACAAAAUCAAGAAGAUACAAAUACUGAUAGUGAACAAAUCCUGUUUACGACAAAAGGAAAACAAAAGUUGAAUCAAGUUGUUGAUGUUGAUGAUAAUGAAACUGAAGAAGAGAUUGACAUUGAUAGCAGUGAAUAA